UUGGUACAGCAUUAUUAAAAACCUAUCGCAUAGUGAUCCAGCUCACAUCAAACUGUUAUCUACAGGCUUUCAUCAACACAGAGGUGCAUUUUAAGCUUAUUUCAGUACUAUAUGUGAUCUUUACUACUGUAAUCUGGAGUUAUUCUAAAUUUCUGCUCAGUUUUGUUGUUUUAAACAUAUAUGGAUGUUGAAUUGAAUGUUACAUAUUUAGUAUUUGGUGGACAUGUAGAAGUGCACAAAUAUGGAUUUCUGUAUUUUUUGAUCAUGUUUAUUGUUUACAUUCUAAUAUUGUGCAUUAAUUCUACUAUUGUGUGUGUUAUCUGGAUUCAUAAGAAGCUUCAUGAGCCUAUGUACAUUUUCAUUGCAGCUUUGUUGGUUAACUCUGUUCUUUUCAGCACAGUUAUUUACCCAAAGCUUUUGAUUGACUUUUUAUCUGAGGAACAGAUCAUAUCUUUGACAGCCUGUAUCUGUCAGUGUUUUCUGUUUUAUUCUCUUGGAGGUGCAGAGUUCUUACUGUUAACAGCUAUGGCCUAUGACAGGUAUGUGUCUAUAUGUAAACCUUUAAAAUAUUCAACUAUCAUGAGUAAAACAACUGUCAUCGUUCUCUUGGCUCUAGCAUGGCUCGUACCUUCUACUCAGGUUGCUGCAAGUUUGAUUUUAGAAUCAAGGAGCAAAGUGUGCCGCUCUACUCUGAGUGGAAUUUUUUGUAAUGUUUCAAUUUCCGGACUCUUCUGUGAACUCUCAAAAUUUAAAACUCUAAAAGAUUUGAUCAUACUGCUCAAUAUUGCCCUUCUCCCUGGGCUUUUCAUACUGUUUACAUACUCCAGGAUACUCAUAAUUUCCUACAAGAGUGGGAGAGAGGUGAGGAAAAAAGCUGCACAGACCUGUUUACCUCACCUGAUAAUUUUGGUAAACUAUACAUGUUUGUGUGUUUUUGACGUCAUUAUUGCUGGACAUGAAUCAGAUUUACCAAAGACUGUGCGUUUCAUAAUGACUUUACAAGUAGUUUUAUAUCACCCCCUUUUAAAUCCAAUCAUAUAUGGAUUAAAAAUGAAAGAAAUAACUAAACACCUCAAAAGGUUGUUCUGUCCGGACAAAUUAAAGUAAUGCAUCCACUGUUUUUAAAUAUGUACACGCUAAAUACUCCUUAAACAAAAUAACAAGGUGUGAUGUCAUCUUUGGAGUUGUUCUAAGUAAAGAUGUGUUUCUAAUAUGCUGAUGACAAAUUUAUAAUAUUUUAUUUGAAGCCCCUGUGAGGACACUUAUAAAAGACACUUGUAAAGAAUAAAAAUGAGUUAUUAGAGAA